AUGCAUAGUAUAAACAAUAUUGACCUCUUUCCUACCCAAGCUGGUUUGCCAUGGCACACUGGGUACGAGAUUGUUCGACAGAACCGAUUUUGGCGUGAGGCCCAGGAGAGAUAUCACUCUCUUCUGAGAGCCUUUGCGGAAGAUGAAACGGCGCAGAAAACUCCACCUGGUGCCAAAAUCACCAUCGCCGACAUUGCGAGAAAGGAGCUCAAGGGCGGAAGUGAUCAAACUGUUCGUUAUGUGCCGGUGUUGUUCUCAAUGGGAGAUAUGGAAGAACAAUCUUGGCCGGACCCUUCAUUUUUACAAUCGCUUAUGCCUCCGCACAAUAACAAGGAUCUCUCACCCAAAACACCAUUGCAGGAAAGAAUCUGGAGCUCGCUUGAACAAAUGCUCGAAUGCGACCACAUCUAUGGCAAUGGAGGCCGAGAUACGAUCGACACCCUUGUGACUUAUGCCUCCCGUCCUAAGCCCCCUUCCAGGGUAUACGGAUCGAUGAGCGACUACUACGACUUCCGCUACGAGGAUGGAGGAAUGGGACCAACGUACGCUGUGAUCAAACUAUCGAUUGGCUCAAACGUGGACUUCCACGAUUCCAAAUUCACUCGCUUUCUGCGUCUCAUCGGUGACCAGACCCUUGGUCAAAAUAACAUCGCCUCCUUCGACAAAGAGAAAGGCCACUAUCUUGCUGGAAUGUUUCCCGAAUUUGAGCAGUCAAACGGGGUCAUGGUGAUCAAGAGGCUGCUUUCGCUACCCACUGAUGACGCGGCAAAGGCCCUUGCAUACGCGUGCCAGCUUGAGACUGAGCGACAGAUUGACUUUGAGCUGGAAAGAAUGACGUCGAGAGGGAACUUGGAUCAAGAGGACUGA